AUGCCGUUUAUACUUCGACGUUUUUUGAAAUUUCAACAUAUAAAGGUUGAAACUUCAAAAAGAUGGCAAGAAAAUUUCAGUAAAAGACAAGUUGUUACGAAAUUAUGUUCUCUCUGGGCCACUGAAGCCAAAGCACUGAAGCUUGCUUUUACAACGCCGAUGACUAGUAUUAUUUGCCAAGAAUUGCAAGAAUCAUUAAACAAAGAACAUGACUUACUUGUUCAGUCAUACGCAGAAUAUCUUGGAUUUGGAUGUGCAUUAUUGAAUAAAAAGCUUGAAUUUUAUAAUCAUAUUACGUACACUUUUCUUGAUAAUGAGAAAGAAUCCACUAAAUUGAAGUUUCAUGUUGGUGAUAUCGUAGAGUUAUCAGAAAACUCGGAAGGCAUUACCUAUGCUAAAAUUAAACUAAUAUUUAAGCAUGAAGCAAACAACGAGCAGAGUUACGCUUUUAUUCAAUUUGAAAAGUUUCAGAAAGCAAACCAGUUUGAUUCAAUAUUGGAAUGCCCAUUUUAUGUUCAAAAAUCCGAAGGAACACG